CUUGGUUUCUACGUUGGCUUAACAUUUGGAAUUCCAUUUAAUCAUCCAGUUAUAAACUACAUACGCAGUCAAAAAUGAAUAGAUUGAGUAUAAAACGUGAUCACUUGGGUGAAAUAAAACAGCUAUGCUAACACUAUGGAUGAAAAACAAGAGAAACUUCUACGGCAGAAGCGUGUUGAUAUUGUAACUGACCUUGAGCCGCGUGGUAUUGUCCUUGACACGUUGUAUGAAGACGGCGUUCUGACAGAGAAUGACGUCGAACUCGUAUCGAUUGCUCCUACGAGGAAACAACGCUGCCACGUGCUCCUUCAACUUCUGCCAACUCGCGGCCCGGUUGCCUACGGGUCAUUACAAAAGGCAUUAUUGGCGGGAAAAUACCAUUUUCUGGUGGAUAAGCUGGACGCUCAACCAAAUGUUGCAGACGAAAAUGCGCGGGAAAACAAAAAAUGUGAAUUGUGCCUCAGUUUUCUUCAGAGAAUAGUUGGUUGCCAUUCGGCUACGAAUUCGAAACUAUUGGCGUUGCUCAGCGAACAUUGUUGUUCGUUUUUGGACAACGUUGAACCUCGUGACGUCAUCGACCGACUAUUUCAGGAUGGAAUUCUGGUAAACGAUGACAUUGACACAAUUAUGACUUGUUCAACCAGACGAACUCGCUGUGAGACAUUGUUUUCACUUCUUCUCAAUGUUGAAACGUGUGUGAUUGACAGUCUUGCGGCAUCUCUUUCGAAAAAAUACGGCUUUUUAGUCGAAAAGGUUGCGAGUUUAAAAAGUCUCCAUCAACACGAAAUGGGUUUCUCGUCGACCACUCAGCGAACUACUCAUGACACGGCUUUAAAAGAGUACGACUUUGCCAGCGAGCACGGUGCCAUACGAAUGGUUCAACCAUGUAAUCUCGAUACAACUGCCGAUGAUAAUGUUCCGUGUACGGCGCCGGUGUGGGGAGUGCAAAACACUGCUACGUGCAGCGAUGUCAUUGAUGGGGCGAUGCCGGUUGAGGUCAGUCGUAUACACGACGCCAGAGGCGCAUUAAAACACAAAUACAUCAACAAACAUCCACAUCGCAGUGGCGCUGAUGUAAUAACAAAACUUAAGUGUAAUAAAUUUCGACUCACAACUGAGGAAAAUGAUCGUCAUGAAAAGCGAGAUGCCAAUGAGGACACACAAUUUUCAGGCAAUGAACAAAAAUCGAAUUGCGCGGUUGCGCAGCAAUGCGGUGCGCGGGAAAUAAUACCAAAACAAGUCACGGCCAUUACGUCCGAGAAAACGAGCAAACGACUCCACGUUGCUUUCAACUUUCUUAGCGCGUUGCUCAACCAAGGCCAGUUCGAGAAAUUUGAAAGCUUCUCAAACCAGUUGAAAGCGUCGCGUUCGUCAAAUAACGACCUCAUGUGCAUUCUGGGAUACCUGCACGCCAGUAAAGACCUGUUCCUGACCGAUUUCGAUUCCGCGAAAAAACACAUCUGUGAAACCAUGAAACUCGUUGCCAAGACUUCGAACCCACGCUACUUUGCUUUGAAACUAUUCACCGCGAAGACUCGAAUGUACACAACUCGGAAGAAGCUGACAAAGGUGCAGGAGACCUUGGACGAUGCGAUGAUGAUUCUACAGACAGAUCCGGUCGGUUGUACCGGACUCGCCGCCGGGGGGUUAUAUUUGAACGACGGUCGUAGUAAAACUACUCAACUCACGUGUUUAAAUCUCAGUAAGCCGAACGCUUUCCUGGCAUAUAACCGCUUGUUUAACGGGGCGAAAGCCAGCUUGCAGCGCGCCAUGACGAACUUCCAACGUGACGGAGGGCAAGGCGGCACUGACGGAUUCGGUUACGCCCUCUGUCGCCUCGCCAUUCUUCUGUUGCGCUGUGGAGACAACGGUCUGACCAUGGAUCUGAUAAUGCCGCCGAAGGAAGAUGUCAUAUCCGCCGGUAGUUACUUAACUCAAUUAGAAAACUCAGACAUCCCUAUUCCAAAAAUACUCGAAAUGCAUUUCCGUAUGGCAAAGUGUGACUACCAAUUUCGGUGCAACAAUUCCGUGCGCGCACUUGAACACGCCAAUAUGGCGCGUGAUCUCGCCGUUGAGUUAAAUAUGCUAGAGUUCACUGUUCAUGCGCAAAACCGGGUGACAUAUCUGCAGACGAAAGCGCUUUUUGGAGUUCCUGACAUGGAUGAAGACGAGGCGAAACGAGUGCUUUUUGAAGAAACGUCUUCUAGUGGAAGUUUUUCCAAAUAAAGCUACAUCCUACGUUGCCGCCUAAAAUUAAAACAUAUUCUUCUUUAGAGAGAGAGUGACCGCCCCUGAUGUGAUGGCGGCUUUUUUCAAACCGGACAAUAAAAAUAAAUAAAAUUAAAUGUUCUCAUGUGUUAAAAGCUGUUAAAUUUCGCGUAUAGUGCAAAAAGGAUGAUAAUAUAAAUAUAUAAACUCAUUGGAAGAUUAUUCGCUGUAAGAAAUUGAUUCUGUGUGGCGAUAUUUAAUUUUCUUUUAUUUGUUCGCUGUGCGCGAACAAAGGAACAUGGAUUAUCGUAUGUUUUUCGUGAUGUGUUACUGAAAAUCGGUUUUGCUACCACGUCAUAUUGAUUGGACUAUAUAUAAAGGUAAAUUAACUUUACAAGCGUCGCUUACAAACAUGGAGAAUCGAGACUUUUGUUAACCUAUUCAAAACAGAUAUGGUGUUUUGUCCGAUCCGCCUAAUUAUGUGGGCGGAAAUCAAUCUGGUUAAAUAGUGUCCCAAGUGUUCAGACAAGAUUUUUCUUAGAGUUCACUAGACAAUAAAAUGGUUUACAUGUUCGACGAGCUGCGAUUCAUUCGAAACGAACAAGUGUACUGCAGCCGAGAAUUAACCCGUUUGCAUGACACUGUUGCAAAUGUUACUGAUAAAUUGUGUCAGGCCGUCAGUACUACGAAUGCCCAGAAGAUAUUUCUCAAAACAUUAGCUUACAAAUCUAUCGACAUGGAAGCUAGAGCACGGCGAAAUAACCUCAUAUUCCGAGGUUUUGUCGAAAAUUAUGGUGAGAACUGCACGCAAGUACUGCAGGAUUUCCUGAAGAAUCAACUUGAUAUAGACAGCCAGUUUGUGUACAUCGCUCUGGCACACAGACUUGGCCAAAGAAACCCUCGGUGGCAGCAUAACCACAGGCCAAUUAUUGCGAACUUUUGGGAUUUUGGUGACGUAGAACGUAUUAUGAGAAACGUCAGACGCCUGUGAAACACACCAUUCUCCGUAGACAACGAUUUCCCAAGAGAAAUACAAGAGGCUCGCGGACGCAUGUGGCCAAAAUUCAAAGAGCUGUAAAAUCGGGAUCCUCGGUCGAGGGUCCAACUAGUUUACCCUACCAAACUCAUCCAGGACGGUAAUCUAAUACAAAAUGAGUUACCAGAAUGGAGCCUGUUUAUAGGAGCAAACAGGCUAGCCAAGCUCGAGCAUAUAACACAAAUUAGGCCACAUCAUCCACAAGUACGUGAAAUAUCUCCGAACUUUGCAGAGAGAAAGUUGAGCCAGUCUGUUACAAACGAUGUCGGCCCGCCAAUCGAACCCAGCUCACAGAAUCGAGCCCCGAUAAAGACAUGCGACACAGUACCAACAGGUUUUCGGGAUACAGCAACGUCGAGCACGAUAAGCGACGUCACAAUCAGCACAGCAAUUCCCAUCAGCACAAAUGAUCAGGGGCAGCAAACUGCUAGACAUGACUAACCAAUCCACAAGCUUUUCAUCGUUUAAGACCCCAAGUAUCACGCAUUAUCUAAAACAGCAAACUCUACUUUUAAGUACUCAGCCAGCUAUGACGCAAGACGAAACGGCGAUAAAAUCCAUCGUUGCUGACAACGACAACCCAACACUAAGUCGCCAGGAGACAACGCCUACAAGGGGCAACACGAGAGUCACAAACAGAUCCACUGAAAGGGCCGAGCGCCGGUCACAGUCAUCUGUUCCGUACAGGCGACUGAGCAGUGCUAGUAAAAAUAGAAUUAAAAGUGACAAAACGGCUUUCCCCGAAAACAAAAAUGGCACUAUCGGUUUGUCCAGCGCUAUUAAUAGCAUAGUAAACUUAACACCAGCGAGUGAAAAUACACUUGCAAACGGGAAUCACGUGGAAAAUAGUAAAUGUGUGCCAGUUGCCACCGGCGAUACGCAGCAGGUGAAAAUCUAGUACGUUUUACAGGAGGCCAAUUUACGAAAAGCAUUACUAAAUGUCCAAGGUUUAUCGACAAGACGUGUAAAUAAAGUACAAUCGAGUGAGCUGAUUAAUGUUUUUUCAUCACAUGAUAUUGUUCUGCUCACUGAAACUUGAACGAACGAUUUCUCAGAUUUAAAUGUUAAUGGUUUUGAUCAUUAUGUUUUAAAUCGAACUCAGUUAUUAAAAUCAAGCGAAUGGGCGUCCAGUGGAAUUAUUGUUUACAUUCGAAAUGAACUCACUAGCAAAGAUAAUUUAGUGUUUACAAGCGAAGAUGACAUUCUUUGCAUUAAAAUAUCUGCAUCUAAAAUUUGUUUACAACAUGAUGUGUAUAUAUUCUUAUGCUACGUUAUACCUGAGAAUAGUUCGAGACAGGCUAUAGUGGAACGCCAUACACUUGAUUGAGUACUCGAGUAUAUAAUGAAUCUUAGUUUUAAACAGUGAAAAUUUAAAUGUUAUAUUAUGUGGUGAUAUGAAUGCACAUACAUCUGAUUUAUCCGAUUUUGUGUCAGAUAAAAGUAUUCAUCAUAUUGAUUUUUUACCCGAUGGCUAUGUAGCUGAUACGGGCACAGCGCGGUGUUCUCAGGACAAAGGUCGUAUUAAUAAUAACGGAAUAGUAUUACUAGAUUUGUGUAAACAAACCGGAAUGCGUAUUUUAAAUGGGAGGUGUGAUAGGGAUCAGGAUGGAAAGUACACUUUUAUUGGCAGAACAGGUUCUAGUGUAGUCGAUUUUGUAAUAGCAACGCCAGGUAUUUUUAACUGUGUUCACUCUUUCCGAGUUGAGGAUCAAAAUAUUUUAUCCGACCAUUGCUUAAUUGAUUGCUCUUUUGUGUUUAAAGAUAGUAAUCCGUCAAUCAAUAACUGUUUUAACCGAAACGGUACUGCAGGGGUUGUAAAUUAUAAAUAUGUAUGGGACAAUGACCAUUGCUUAUGUAUUAUUAUUUUAUCUUGGUUGCCUGUGCUUUCUUCUAGUUUGCCUCUAGUUUGCAUCUAGUUGUUUCUUGCUUCUAUUUUGUUGCCUGCUUAUAGUUUGUCCCAUGCUUUUAUUCUGUUUUUGUUGUUAGAAAGCUGUUGAUCAGUUCAUCUCGAAUCUGAUUCGAGGUGAUAUUCGUCUUUAGCACUUGGUAUCUGUCGCACUUUUGUGUUUCUUUUUCAAUUUAGUUUCUUACGUUGCCGUCCUAUUGCAGUUUUUAGACCUACUUGUAGGUCUAUAUCAGCAGCUUCCUACACAGUUUUUAAUUGCCUCCUAUUUUAUUCUAUUUUAUUUAUGCUUUGAUAUGAUUUCUGAUAUGCUUUUGUAUUCUAUUGAAAUUAUAUUAUGUCAUACACUGACUCUGCUGCAGGUACAGCUUUUUGUGCAUUAUUGUGUUGAUAAUACAGUUAGCCCCUAUAUCAAAGUCCUUGAAUAUUUUAUUAUAUUUUGUCUAUUUUAUUUAUGCUUUGAUAUGAUUUUGAUAUGCUUUCGUAAGCUAUUGAAAUUAUAUUAUGUCAUACACUGACUCUGCUGCUGGUACAGCUUUGUGUGCAUUAUUGUUUUGAUAAAACAGUUAGCCCCUACAUCAAAGACCUAGAAUAUAUUCUUGGUAUUUGCCUAUAUGCAUGCCACAGUCUUUCUCCGCCCCCACAUGUGCAAUACCAGCAAGAAAGUCAAAUAUUGUCAAAUUCAGUUCAAUGCUGCAUGUAAUUAUUGCCCUAAUCUGUGUUUUACCCUUAAACAUGUAUAUGACUUUUCUCUUUAGCUGUUUUACUCAUGUUUAAAGUACACAUUUGUUGUGUAGUCGGUUCAAAAGCUUUGCAGGUUAUGUUACUUGUUAUAUAUCUUGCCGACUCAAAAUAAAAUGUAUUUGAUUUGA